AUGGCGGUUCAGCUGCGUAGGCUGCUGGGGACGAGUCACUUGCAGGGGAGUCCUUUCUUUGCGUCUUCUCGGCCGCCUCCAGUGAUGGUAAUCCCUCUCACUGGGCGUGAAUGUGGCUUUCGGGACGAUGAAGUAAACAAAGAUUGGAAAUUAUCACACCAAACAUGAGCUCUUCCAUAAACAAUUUUAUGUGGUUCUCAUCAACGGCGGGAAUUCGUGGACAAGGGAACGGUAGGGUGACAUUUUGGGGAAUGAUCAUGCUUUAGAUUAAGAAGACUGGUGAAGCAAGUCUCUAUCUUCUUGGUUUAUGAAGGAUAAAUCGGUGUAGGAUGAAUACUCAAAUACUGAGACAUAUUAUCAAGUAAACCUUAUCUUUCUUUCACGUAAAGGUGUUUUCUUUUGUCUCACUUGUGUUUCAUGUGACAGUAUCAUUGCAGGUCUAUUCAGAGUUUUUCAGAUUCCUGCAUCGUUCAUUCACUUCAAGGGAGCAGGUUGAGAUUAGUAAAACCAGUUCAGCUUAAGAUGGCCAGAAAUAUGGGGAGUGUUCAUGCUGGACAUGGGGAUGUUGGCUUGCUUUGUGUUCGUCCCCAAUUGAGAAUUAGAAGUAUUAAUACCAUACGGCUCAGGGAAGACCAUACUUCUGGUAUUUACAAGGUAAGGAAUAACAGUAGAUUAUUUUCAUCCAAGAACAUAGCAAAGUUUCAAGCGAGAGUGAGCUCAAAGGACGUUAGUGAUCAUGUGGUUGGGGCUCAUGAAAAUGGUCCAAUCAGAAGUUCUUUAGUUCAGAUAUUUCAAGAACGCCAGAAACAGACAAAGAUACUGUCUUCUUGUAAUGGCAUCCGGGGAGAGGUCAAGGCUGUGGAGACAGCGAAGAUGGAUCUGUCAAAUGUCAUGGUUAAUGCACCUGCAAAAAAAAAUAGGACAACAAAAGCUACUAAAUUAGCUGCAGAAACAGUUGAUACCGAAAAGUCGGAAAAGCCACUAAGCCAAGCCGUUAAAAAAAGGCAAGCAGCAGCAAAAAACAGUGAAAAAACUCCAAGAGCAAAGUCUCCCGUUGAGAGGAGCCAGCAGGAAAGUCGUAAGAAAGUACAGACCCUUCCUGCAGAUGGUAUAUCUUCUGGUGAAGUAGAAACUGAAGGUAAAAAGACUGUGCGAAGAAGGAAAACUAAAUCAACGGGAGAUUCCGUAUCUACAGUUAGCAAACAACCGUUAUCUGGAGGAGGUUUGAAGAUGGGGAAUAGGGAAAUAAGACCUCUUUACCCACCUUCUGGUAAGUCAGUUGUCAUUGUAGAAUCUGCUACAAAAGCAAAAAUUAUACAGAAUUACCUGGGGAAUAUGUUUGAAGUGCUGCCUAGUUAUGGCCAUGUGAGGGACCUUGCUGGGAGGUCAGGAUCAGUACGGCCUGAUGACGACUUCAGUAUGGUUUGGGAAGUCCCUUCUUCUGCAUGGACCCAUCUUAAGAGCAUUAAGGUAGCGCUAGGCGGGUAAGAUUGAAAUCUCUGGUCUUUUCUUUCCCUCAACCCUAUAGCCCUUUGAAUAUAAUUUGUUCAAUGUCCCAUGGUUCCCACAAAAAAUCAAAUCGUCCAUCAUCAAUCUAUUUGAUCAUAGACUAAAGAAUUGUAUGCUGAAUGGAUAUCAUUUCAUUGUUGUUUAUAUGGUCGGUAAAAUUUUAAUUAAUAUUUAAGACAUUCAAUCGUUAUAAAUUAUAACUGCAUUACUUAAAAUGCACAGGAUCGCGCAAAUCAUUUGAUUUUCGGUUUCUACAGUUCCUCCACGUUGAUAGUCUCUAGUAUCUAUUGCACAUGAGUACCGCAUCUAGUCAAUCGUAUUUUUCUCUUUUACGUCUGUGGUUGCUGAAUAUCCUCCCAGCAUUUGGGACAUUCUCAUGGCUGACGCAUUCAUUUUCAGUUAAUUUCCAAUUUUUAAUCCUCAGGUUCAAAUCAAGCUAUAAAUGACAAUGCCAGACAUAGGUCACUGGUUUUAUUGUCAUUUUCGAAUUUCACUUCACAUUUAUCGUUCAUUUAUCAUUUCGUUCAUCUGUCACACUCUAAUUAUAAUGGAAGUAUGCCUGUCAUUCAUUUAUCCGCUUCCAAAACUUCUUGUCAUAGUGGAUUUGAAUGUGAUUCUCCUGUCCAAUGAUGUCCUUCGGCAGUGAAUUCUGUAUACCCUCUUCCUUGUCUGUAUGGUUUCUGAAAUUUUCCUUCCUAUUACACAGCCAACUUUAUUCCUUGUUUAUUCUCUUCAUCAUAGAUAUUUAUUUUUCCACAUUCAGAAAUGUAUUCUCUUCACAUGGAGCAUAAAAAUGAAUUCGCUUAUCCCUCUUCGAUGCAGACAAUUAUUGAUUUGAUGAGGUGCAUAACAUUUUUACUGCUGAAUGCAUCUGUUUCAUGAACAAUUUCCUCUUUAAGGCAUUCACAUAUGUAUCUAGCCCUCAGAAAAUUGUGAUUCGGAUAUUUUUAGUUAUUGUCCAUACCUGGCCAAAAUGGUGAUAGAUAUUUCUGUAAGUAUCUAUUGGUGGUACUAUCCACUUUCAAAAACCAAGAAAUUAGUAGAGUGAAAGAUGGAAGUAAGCUUACUAAUCUAAAGCGCUCUGUGUGCUGCUCUUGCUUUAUGAGAGUCCCUAGAUGUAUAUGCUCAUGUAGCACGAUUAUGUAUGUAAGAAGCCUGGCGAGGUUGAACACUCUACUUUUACUUUUUUUUGUUGUUCUGGUCUCUUUUCCCCUCUAAAUCUCAAUUGUUCUUGUUUCCAUGCCUUCCGUCAGUACCUGGGAUUUCAUUGUCUGAAUGUCCGUAAUCUUUUCCAGAGUGGACAACCUAAUUCUUGCAUCAGAUCCUGACCGUGAAGGAGAAGCAAUUGCCUGGCAUAUUAUCGAAAUGUUAAUGCAACAAGAUGCCUUAAGUGAAAAUAUUAAUGUGGCACGGGUUGUUUUUCAUGAAAUAACUGAGACAGCAAUUAAAAAUGCAUUGCAGUCUCCCAGAAAUAUUGACACUCACUUGGUGAAUGCCUAUCUUGCUCGGCGUGCACUUGACUAUCUGAUUGGGUUUAGUAUCUCACCACUACUGUGGAGGAAACUACCCGGAUGUCAGUCAGCUGGACGUGUCCAAUCUGCAGCUUUAGCUCUCAUAUGUGACAGGGAAAUGGAAAUUGAUCAAUUUAAAUCCCAAGAGUAUUGGAGUGUUGGAGUUGAAUUUGGAGCUACCAGUUCUACCUCUUCCAAAGGUGUUUCCAUCCUCUCGCAGUUAACUCAUUUUGUCUCCAAAAAGCUGGAUCAGUUAUCAAUAUCUUCGGAUGAUCAGGCAGAGGCAAUUAAGAAGAGAAUAUCUUCGUCCAAAUUUAUGGUAGUGGCGUCAAAAACAAGCAAAAUCCAGAGAAAUCCUCCAAUGCCUUAUAUCACAUCAUCUCUUCAACAAGAUGCUGCCAACAAGUUACAGUUUUCAGCUGCAUAUACUAUGAAGGUAAAUUAUCCUCAUGUAAAGUUGAAAUGCCCAUCGUUUUUCUUACUAUCGCUUUUGUGGAACUUUUUCAAAUUUUUUUAGGCGAAUAAGGUAUAUCUAUUUCUAAAAUUUCUUAAAUUGAGGUUGUUUAUGUUUUGGAAUUAUGAAACUUUAUUGAAAGACAAAAAGUGGGCAAAUAGUUCUUGAGGCAGACUAUUUAUUGGAUAUAAUGUGGGUUCCAUUUUCCGUCUGCUCUGAUGAGCUUGUUGAUUUUGUUCCUUACCUUUUUGUGUGUGUGCUGAAAUGGUAUGAAGAAAUGUGUUGAUCACUAUGUUACAGGCGGCGAAAAGCCUAAUUCUGAAUGGAAAGGUGGAAAAUAAGACGUGUUUCUCCUUGAUUAACCUUUGGUUCUGGUAUUUAUUACGGAAACCUCGAACAGGGUUUGAACUGUACCAGUCCGGUCCGGGUUGGGUUGAAUUGGAACGGUCUGGUCCUGUUCGACUCUCAAGUAAUAAAGAAAAAAAUACAAUAAAAGAAAAAAAGAAAAAAUGCAACUUAUUAAUUAAACUAUGCUAUGUGCCAAAAAAUGAAGAUAAAAUGACAUGCACCCUUGACACCAAAAAUCCCCGAAAAAUCAAAUAAAAGUGCUCACUGACAAAAGAUAUUUGGAAUUGCUGUCUUGGACUUUGUUCAACACACUGACCUAUGUCAAGGUGGAAGAACACGAACUAGCUUCACAUAACCUUUUUUUUCCUGGUAAAUGUGUACGUAUUCCAAUCCAGUUCUAUCCUCUGCCAAAUUACCUGGGUUCUCGUCUUCAUAAUUACCAUAUUUGGAUCCUCCUUUUGAUUUUUUUUCAAAUACUUCACUCGUUAGAAUGAAACUGUCUGAUGUCCUCUGUGGGGUCCCUCUUUUUCUUUUCUUUUCGACUGUUCAAGGCUUGAUUUGUUUCUUUUUAUAUAUUGGUUUCAUAGAAAAAUGCUGGUUUAGUUGAGGGAUAUUAGUAAAAACAAAUGCCUUUCUUCAGAAGGUUGCUGGAAUAGUAAAGAUGUUGUCCCGAGGUAAAUGCAUAAAAAAGGCCAGGAAGAAUGAAAUCAACGAUUUUUCACGUCUACUAGAUUCCCAAGGUGGGAAUUUUGAUUGUUAUCCAGACAGUCAGCUUUCCGAUGUUGAGUUCUAAAACAUGCAAUAAAUGACGUUUUUCAUGUCAUGUCGUAUCUGGGCUUUGUUUGUUCCUCAGAGCCCUGUCGUGCUUGCAUUGACCUGCUGUGCCUCUGUGCAGUUGGCUCAAAAAUUGUAUGAAGGGGUCAAGCUUUCAGAUUCUGAGGCAACGGGUCUGAUAACAUACAUGCGAACUGAUGGUCUCCAUGUAAGCACCAGUUUAGCUCAUAGUGGGCUUCUUUUCCGUAAAUUGCCAUGGCAAUGCAUUUUAUUUGUAAUAAUGUAAAUUUUUUUGUGUAAAAAAAAUCUCCGUCUUUCUUUACCAAAAUACUAACCAAUCUUCUUGUUUCCGUUUAGUAAAACUUCAUUUAUCUAGUCCACUAUCAUUAUUUUCAUGAGGAGUUAUCAUCUAAUCUCGUUCUUGUCAGAAGACAUUGCUCUGGUUGUUUAUAUUGAUUGCUGUCCUUUAGAAAAUUGCUAUACCUUUGAAAUCAUUGUAUUUACCUCUGAAUUCAUGCGCCCAGAAGUCACUGAAUAGUUGCAUUUUUUGUUAUCACAAGUAAUUACUCUUAUUUAACCAUAAAUUUAAACCCAUAUCCUUCAUAAUGGACCAUAAAACUGGAUCAACUAUAUUAUUUACUUUCAUUCCUCUAAUAAAUUAGUAUACUUUAAUUUUAGUUAGAAAGUGUCUUCUUUCACCAUUUGAAGUACACUUAUCUCACCUCUUGGAAUGUCUAUAGACAUAUUUGAUUGUAAAGGCUCGAUGAGAAUAAUGUCCCUAUGAAGUAUACUUGUCUCCUAGCUUGAAAUGGGUGUAAAUAUAUUUGAUUGUAAAAUCUCAAUGAGAAUAAUGCUCAUAUUUGCUCCAGUUAAACUGUUGUGAUCUAAGUUUAUGAUAUGUUGACGGAAAUAUGAUGAUUUCAGUUUGUUGAAUACUUUCAUAUAGUUUUGAGGGAAAUAUGGGAUAAAUACAUUUUAUCAUUUGCAAUUCCUUUUCAACAUUUUCGUGGAUACUAAUUUGUUAAGAUUCUGGCAUAUUAUGUGUUUUCUGGUGGAAUUUGAGUUCAAGACUUUUUUAUUGAACUUGUCACAUAUUAAUGGUCUUGAGACCUGCUUAUGAUUUUGACGUUUCAUGUUGCACAUUGAGGUGUUCUCAUUUUCGAAGCAGACUGCUGUAAUCUCACUUUCUCCACUUUCUCCUAGGUUUCUGAGGAAGCUGCAAAGGAUAUCCAUUUUCUAGUGACAGAAAGGUAAGCACAUUGUUUUUAGACCUCGCAAGUUUGUUAGUACAUGCAACGUGCUUUUCCUGGGCUUUAAUAAUCAUAAAUGACCAUCGAUUUGUUCUUUACUAGAAGUCUUCAAUGUCUUUGGACUGUGAUUUGCUGAAGUAGCUGAUUUUGAACUCAAUAUAUCAAUUCUUAUGAUAAUUGGGGGUUAAUGUUCUGCUUCGCCAGGGAUGAGGCACUGAUCACCCUCAAUUUUUUGUGUUGUGAAAGUGAAUUAUAUUACACAACCAGUAAAUGAAAAGUAAAUUUAUACAUGUGUCUAAUCCAUCAACAUUAAAAUAACUUCUCAUCUUUAAGUUGUAUCCUACCACAACAUGGGGAUUGCACAAACUCUAAAAUUCGAAAAAAAACAAUGAAAAUUGUUUCUCAAUUUCUCACCAGCCUAAUCUUUUCUUCAUCUUAUUGCAAAGAACACUGAUAAAUUUUAAAGUCUAUCACUUUUCCUUUGAACUAUUCAUCUAUUUCUCCAUAUUUAAAUAGCAGUGUGUUGCUGUAAAUCAAAUACUAUGAUCUGCCCUUCUUCUUGAAUAUUGACGCCAACUUAAAGUUUUUUCAUAAAUGUGACUUGGUAAUGACAAGUACCCAGUUUAAGAUGUAAAAACUGUCAGAUUGCCAAAGGGAAGAAAGAAAGGAACACGAAUCCAGAAGUUUCCCCUCCCUACCUCCCCACAUAGGCAAUAAUGUGAAUGAUUUCUUAGAAAAGAAUGACCAUUUGCUAUUGGUAACUCUCCUAUGUGACAUUAUGUUAUGAAACCAACCAUCGUCUACACAAUAUGACCUGGACCCCCACGUUGAGGGGGGACCACGACAGAAUAAUGUACUGGGGCAUGUAAAUAUAGAAGAGGCCGAAAUAAGAAAAGGAAGGAACGAAAUAUAGAGUGGAGUGAGAGAUCUGUCCUUGGGGAGGUCCGAUUCGGGCACUCUUGUUCUUGAGGAUUGAUCCAACCUCAGGAACUCACCCUAUUGUCUGUGAACCUCUAUCGUCUUUUGAAUGUUCAUUUUCAAUUGUUCAAUCUGGUCCUUCUAUACAACAUAAGAGUUGGUUUCCUAAGUGGAGCCACAUCUAAGGUAAGAUUAGGGCGUAGAUUUGCCCAAAUCUCAAGAGGUUCGUAACAUUGGUAUCAGAGCAGACAUCAUGGUCCUUUUGUGAGAGCUCGGAGCAAUUACUGCAGGCACAAGAUUACAAGAGAUUGAAUUAUCAAGGCUGAAGCAGAAAUCCCUUUCAAGUUCGGACUACAACAAAUUCAAGAAAUGAAGGUAAUUCUUACAACGAUUUUGUCGUACUUCCAUAGAGUCAGAGCAUUGGAAGGGUAUUGGCAGAUCUACAGUAAGAAGAACGAUCAUCUAGUAUAAACUGAAACCUAUCUUGAUCGGCAGAUGCUCAUCAGGUCUAAGACACAUUAGAUGGCUUUGUUAAAAGAAGAGGUCACAACUUUGAAACAAGGAUAUGCUAAACAAGAACAAUCCCUAAUCGAGCAAAGAGAAAUCCUCAACCAGAUUUUCCAGAAAUUAUCCACAAGGGAUAUGUACUUAUGUUCGCAUCCAAAUGAUGAUCCAAGAGAGGAAUCGAGGCAACCAUAUAAUGGCACCCACUCAUUCAAGUCAAGCUUCACAAGAUGGCCAAACAUAGAUAAAUCAUAAGAUAGAUUUACUAGUUUUCAAGGAGAUGGCCUUGAGGGAUGGAUUGGGCGUGUUGAGAGAUAUUCCACCUAAACUCUAUGUCAGAACAUGAUAGACUCAAACAAGUUAUUUUGAGUAUGGAGGGAGAAGCCCUAGAAUGGCAUCUCUGGAUGGAAGAUAGGUUUCCAGUUCGAGAUUAGCAUGACUUCAGGAGUUAAUUGGGGAAACGAUUCAAGAUGUUUGAGAUUGGGAGUUCACUGCAACAACUAAUGAGCUUAUGAUAAGCCACAUCAGUAAAAGAUUACAUGGCCGAAUUUGAACGAAUUGCAACCUUUCUACCUCAUAUAAAUACAUAAGUAUUAAAAGAUUCAUAUGUGAGGGGUUUGAAACCAAACAUUAGCUCUGAAUUGGCGAUGCAUAAGCCCUUGGGGCUCAGAGAAACAAUGAAUUUGUCAAUCCAAGUUGAGAUUCAUCUUCAUGAAAUUUGAAAGUGUAAAUGAAUUCUUUGGGAAAUAGGUGAUUACAAAGCAUGAACCACCUCAACCACAACAUGAUUAUUACAAAAGAGAAUUCUAGAAUACAAAUUAUAGAGGUAAUUUCAGGAAAGAUAAUUAGGAUUCAGCUAAAGGCACAUUAAAGGGAAAUUCCAUGACAUUCAAGAAACAUGUGAGUAACCGCAAGAUACUCAAGUUAACGAAUCAUGAAUUUUAGAAGAGAAGAGUUAAGGGAUUAUGUUACUACUACAAUGAAAAUUUUGAUCUAGGGCAUCAUUGUAAAAAGGAGUUGAAUAUUAUUAUUAUGGAUGAAGACUAGAACAGUGCAGAAGAUGACAACACUAAUGAAGGGUGGGAACUAUUUGAUCAGGCCACAUCCAACACAGAUGAAAAUGCCUUCACUGCACAUGUGUCUUUAAACUCAGUCAUGGGAAUUACUUAGCAAGGGACUAUGAAACUAUGGGGCAAAAUUCAUGACACUAAGGUGUCUAUACUCCUUGACAGUGGGGGAACUCACAAUUUUUUGUGCACCAAAAUAAUUGAUAACUUAUCCUUACAAAUAGAGAAGUUAAACGGCUACAUCAUAGUUAUGGGCAGUGGCAACAUAGUGGCAUGUGUAGUAACUUUUAAGACUAUUCCUCUCCAUGUGCAAGGUGUUUUGACAGUGCAAGAUUUUUUACCACUAGAUUUGAGUGGCAUGGAUGUGAUCUUAGGCAUACAGUGGUUGAGAACUUUAUGGUAGAUUCAUGAUGGAAGACAAAAUUCACAUCUUCAAAAGAGACCCUUGUGUUACAAAAAUUAAUGUCACCAAAAAGAGUAGAGAAGGAACUUAAGUGUAGUAAGACAUAUAUGGUUGAAUUGCAUCAUAUUCACUUAAAUAAAGACCCUAAUGCACCAAAUGAUUUAGAAAUCAGCCUAAGAUUUUCCUAAUGCACCAAAUGAUCUCUUUUCCUAAGAUUUUUUUUAAUACCCCCCUAAGUCCCCCUCGGGGGGAGGAGCUGAAUUUGGUUUUUUCGGUCUUCUCGGAGAAAUCAGCUUUUUCAAAACUUGAUUUAAAAUCAAGAUAUUAUCAGAUCAGAAUGAAAAAAGAAGUUGUACCUAAGACUACAUUCAAGACUCAUCACAGUCAUUAUGAAUUUAAAGUCAUGUCUUUUGGAUUGUCAAAUGCACUAGCAACCUUUCAAUCACUUAUGAACCAAAUAUUUCAACAUCAAUUGAGGCAAUUCAUAUUGUUUUUUUUUAUGAUAUACUUGUGUAUAGCGUCACAAUUGUUGAACAUCUGUCAUUAUAUGAGGAAGGUAUUUUCUAUUAUCUCUGAAAAUUUUCUUCAUAUUAAUGUCUAGUAUUUUAGUCACUAAGUGUCAGCAGGAGUAGAAGUUGAUAAGGAGAAGAUAUUUACCAUGACUAAUUGGCCAAUUCCUAUAAAUCUUAAGGAACUCUGUUAGUUCCUAAGGCUCACUAGAUAGAUUAAGUAUAAUCAUUUCAUUGCCCUACAUCAUCCAUUCUCAGCCAAGGAGGUCGCUCAAUUAUUCAUCAAGGAAAUCAUAAGGCUCCAUGGGUUUCCAAAGACAGUGGUCUCUAACAGGGAACAAAUAUUGUUAAGUGUAUUUUGGCAUCAGCUACACACUAUGAGACUGAACUCAAAUUCAGCUCUUCUUACCACCUUCAAACAAAUGGACAAAUUGAAGUAGUAAAAAAUGCUUAGAAAAUUACUUGAGAUAUGUGGUAUUUAUAAACCAAAGUAGUGAAAAUUAUGGCUUCAUAGGAUAGAAUAUAGUUACAAUACUUCCUAUCAUUCUUCUAUUAAAAUGACUCCUUUUUGAGUGGUAUAUAACAGGGACCCGUCAAAACUUAUCAAAUAUGGAACAUCUCUUUCACCACUUGAUGCUAUCGGUCAACUACUCUUGGAAUGAGAUGCUCUCCUCAGGAUUUUGAAAUUCAACUUGCACAAGGCACAAGUGAGGAGUUAAACCCUCACUAUUUUGGUCCGUAUUCUAUUAUGGAAAGAAUUAGACCAGUGGCAUAUAAACUCCAAAUGCCAAAUCAUUCAAUUAUUCAUCCGGUGUUCCAUAUAUCCCAAUUUAGGAAGACACUCAGAAUAGACAGUAGAAGCCAACCAAUUCUCUCGACACUAUCAGAAGAUCAGGAAUGGAUAUUAAUUCCAGAUGGAACAAAAGCUCACAAGUUGACUUUUCAAGGCAUAGAGAUAUUAGUUUCAUGAAAACAUCUUCUAGAGUUUGAAUCGUCAUGGAUGAUAGCAUCAGCUUUCCUUCGACAUUUUACUACAUCUCACCUUGUGGACAAGGUAAAACUCAUGGGGGGGAGUAAUGUUAUGAAGCCAACUGUCAUCUACACAAGAUGACUUGGACCCCCACAUUGCGGGGGGACCACGACAGAAUAAUGUACUGGGCUUAUAAAUAUAGAAGAGGCCGAAAUAAGAAAGGGGAAGAAGGAAACAAAGAGUGGAGUGAGAGAUCUGUCUCUAGGGAGGUCCAAUUCAGGCUCUCCUGUUCUUGAGGAUUUAUCCGACCAUAGGAACUCACCACACUGUCUGCGAAACCUCUAUUGUCUUUCCAAUGUCCAUUUUCAAUUGUUCAAUCUAGUCCUUCUAUACAAUAUGAGUUGAUUUCCUGAGUGGAGCCAUGUCUAAGGUAAGAUUAAGGCAUAGAUUCGCCCAAAUCUCAAGAGGUUCGUAACACAUUAUUAAGUGUUUGUGUAGUAGACUUCAUAUUGCACAUCGGAUCUGAAAAUCCAUUGUUCUUUUUUCCAUCUCCAGUUGCACUUGUUUAGUACUAACCUUGAGAGGACCAUUUUCCUAACAAACCCAGAAAGCCUUCAAGUUGUUGAAUGUCAUCAGCCUCGAGAUUUCUUCUGAACUUUGACUGCUGAUCUACUUGUACAAUAGUGACAUUAGGGUCUCAUGUAGGCUUGAAAAGAAUCUGAAAUUGUUAUGUAUAGAGGUCCUACAACAGUUGUCCCUAUAUAAGAUAGGCUCUUGCAUUUUUUGUACUAAUAUCUGAAAUAGGCCCAUUGCAAUUUUAUAGAAUAUACUUACCAUUGAAGUACCAUGGAUGUUACUGGGUACUGUACUAGGUUCCCAAAUUCUUAGUCAUCCAAUUAACACAAUUGAAUUGAAUUUUUUAGUCGAAUAACAAGAAGCUUGGGAAUCCCAAUGAAGCGGCAACCAGGCCCUCAAGAGAGCUACAGUCAAAUGCCAAGUGCACCAUCAGCUUUGUGUUCAUAGCAUUUUCCACGUCAAUUCGAAAUCAUGGUUGAGUUGGCACAUAAUUGAACUUGCUUUGAUUGCUUGAAUAGACGCAGAUAUCUUGGGAUCAGGUACAAAGAGCACAUGAGGGGCCCCUGUUUUGGGGUUCACAGACCUGCCUUUGCAUGAAGUUGUCCAAGGUUCUGAGGUUUAAGACUACUUUAUUGCACAUUGGUGUUCAGAAAAAAAUGGAGAGAGGUCAAACAUAUAAACAGCAUAAGAACCAUACACUUGAAACUAAGACAUUUCUCCAUUAUAUUUAUGUACGAUGUGGAAUGAGUAGAAAAUUACGGAGUAAACACUUCAAGAAAGAAUUUUGUUGUAUUUUUUCCAAAAUUCCAACAUUUCUGUUGGAUCCACUGUAUUGAUUGGUUUGUCCUUUUUUCUGUACGUUCCUUCCAAGAAUCAUUCCUCUGAACUAAUAAAGCUUUAUUGAAUGUUUAAGCUCUCUACAUGACUCUUUUGGUCUACCUUUCUGGGACCUUAAGCUUGUUGCCCUAGGUAUCUUAUCUCUGUCAAGUAUGUUGAAACCACCAUCUCUACAAGUCACUAUUUUUCUUUUUUUGGUAUCACACCCAGUCUGAUGUUCUGAUGCAUCCUUUUUUUAGUUUUCUGUCUGUUUCAGUUAUCCAUGAUGUUGAUUUAGUUAUUUCCUAAUGUCUUUGGCAUAGUUAUUCUAACAUAUGCAUGAAACAUGUAGGUAUGGUGAAAAAUUUGCAGCAAAAAAUAUACGUAGUUAUUUUAAGAAGGUGAAGAACGCCCAAGAAGCCCAUGAAGCUAUCAGACCAACCAGCGUACGGAGGCUACCCUGUAAGAUACUGAUAUAAUUUUGGAUGGAAUGCUGUCUUUAUUUUUUGUUUGUGCAUUAUAUUUUUUCAAUUUUUAUCUAUUCCUUUAGCAACUGGUCAUGGGCUGACUCUGGGUUAAUGGACAAUCUGUCCUCUUACUUGUCACUUUUGGAUACACCUACCAAAUUCAGUCUCUCUCAGUUGGUGUCUUAUUAACUGGGAAAAAAUCAAGGGAAUCCUGUUUGUCAGCUCCCUUUGUAUUAUUGCCAAUAUUUUUCCUUGGAUCUCUCUCUUCCCUACCUUGCUUCCCCUUGCUCUUCUUGGCCUGGGCGUUGGAGGAUCAUAUCAUUUUUAGGGCGAACCUGAGAACAUGAUCAUAUCAAGUCAUUUACAUGAGAUAAUGCCCUAUCAUGUUAGCAUAUAAAGUAUUCACUCUGUUUACUUUCUUCAAAUGCUACCAGUAAUGUCUUCACCUGUAUCCUUUUAUGUAGCAUCCCUGGUUGGAAUAAUUGAUGAAGACUCUCUGAGGUUGUACACUCUUAUUUGGAUGCGGACAAUGGCUUGCCAAAUGGAAACAUCUACGAGUGAUCUGGUCCGUUCUUAUCUCUAUUUACCCGUUUCCAUAACGCUCUGAUUUGUUUUAGUACCUAUCAUCAGUUUUUCAGCAGUUGGGCCAUUAUAUUAUAGUAGCGAGAUAAUGUGGUGGUUUUUUUUCUUUUUUUAGCAGUGAUGCCUAAGUGGUGUAUCCUGUUAAAAUCCAAUUUGUUUUCUUCUUCCUUUACAUGAAUAUUGAUCCAAGUAAAGAAAUUUCUUUUCUUAUAUGAGCUAGAUGACCAUGUGCUACUAUCCACUUUCAAAAUAAAAAUCUCCUGUAGCCUUUCUACAGUUGUUACCUGAACAAAAAUCUAAAGCCAGUUCAUCAAUUUUUAUUUUUUUUUGUUAGGUAUCACUAGAAAUUCCUAUUUACCUGCUAUAGAAAUGAUGAUGCAUCAAUUCUCCUUUCCUUGGAGAUUUUGAAUACCGACAUUUUCCAAGAUUCAAUUUUCCCAAUGGUAUGGUCAAACUAGGGAUGUCACAAUCAGUUUGAAUCAAACACUUGUUUCUCAGUUUGAACCUACAGAAUGAUAGUUUUGGUCAAAUCACACUUUACCACAUGAAGAAAGUCCUAUAAUUCCUUACACAUUAUAUCCAGAAGAUGGUAACCUUGCUUUAUAGGGUUUUCAUCUUAUCAUCCAGCAUUAUAUUGGCGUUGUCAGGCAGUGUGCCAAUUUAUGUUCUAUACUUAAUUGUUUAACAAUCUGUUGUCAUUGGGUUGUUCUGAACCUUUAAUUCUUCAUUGAUGUGAUUACUGCUGUCUCAUGUAGAUUCAAGUUGACUUUGGAAAUACAGAAAGAGAUAUCCUUCUUCGGUCAUCUGCAUCAAGAGUUGGAUUCCUGGGAUUCCAAGCAGUCUAUCAGGUUUUUUUGGGUCUAAACUUGAUAAUUAUGCUUUCAUGGGGAAAAAAAUUGGUUUUCUCAUAAUAUAUCGACGCCAACCUCUCUCCAGGAAGAUUUUCUUUGACUCCCUUAACAUUCAAUUAGAUAACUCGAUCUAACUUUGGCACGAAGUGUUAUUACGAGUGAAAUAAAUUGCAAUACAUACUCAUACUUGUUGAUAUCACUGAAAUCUGAAGUCUGAAAUCCGAGUUCUGCAGCUUAUGACAGAGAAAGCGAGAGAAAUAUAAUACAUAACAAGCACAAAAAUGUGACUUCCAAUAAAGCACAAGUUUGAAAUUUAACUUUCAAAUUGGUGAAAACGAUUGGCUAGCAAAAUUAAUGUGUAUUGAUAGGUGGGGCGGGGCAUGGGAAGGUGAAGUAUGGCUGUGGUAGUUAACAUUGGUCUACAGCAGUCUGUUUUUUUCUCUCCUUUUUGUUUUCUGGUACACUUAUCUAGUCAAUUUUUUUUCCUUUUCCCUUAUCUGAGGAAUUGCAUCUGUGGCUCUUCAUUCUUCCGUUAAUAGCAUCUAAGAUUUCCUUAAUCUUACUUUGAGCAGCUAGUGGAAGAUGAGAUUGUUCACUUUCUGGCCGGUAAUGUUUUGGAGGAUUUAAUUUAAUGUUCAGUCCUCCCUUUUCACGAAAUCAGAUUAGCCAUGAUUGGUCCAACACAAAUAGGUCACCUCAGAAGAGUAUCAGUGGUCUAUUAUGGUUCUGGUAUCUUAGCGUGUACCGUUGACCUUAAAUGUCUAAUAAUAGUCGUUUAAAAACAAUGAUCGUUGCUGUACUAGUUCUUAGUGAUGGGUGGUGAUGAUGUUAGCAUCUUUUGGUAUGUGUUGGCCUGGCCACUUUCACUUUUUUAUUAUUGAGAAUCGUAAUUCCAUACCAUUUUAAAUGGUUUCUAAAAUAAGGCCUCAAUUCAUAAAAACAACAUGAAAAUAUUCCAAUUAAGCCUUGAUUUUGUGGCAUGUAGUUUAAAAUUCUGAACUCCUGAAAAUGAUUCAUUUUGAUUAUGGGUGGUACAGAGUUUUCAAAGCAUUGCCUAGCUAGUGUCCUUGUGAGAAAGUAGCCCAGGCAGCUAAGGGAUCCGGGUCACUUAAUUGGACAGAAAAAAUACCAUAUUUGGAAUAUGAAUAUUUAAUUGUGUUGUUUGUUGUAUGUUGUAAACACACAUACAAAUAUAAUUCAUAUUAUUUCUAACCUUUUUAAUAAUUAUUUUCCAUGGAUAAAACAUUAAACCUUGCCUGAUGGCUUGCCCUGCCACAUAAGCCAAUAUGGAGGCAUAUAACCGCAAGGUUAUAACAUGUAGGUGUGCACAAAUGUGUGUGCAACUCUGCUUAGGUGACAACAUUCUUCUUUGAAGUGUCCACUAUUCUAUUUGGAAAUAGGACUAUGCUCAUUGCAAACCAUAAUCACUGUACCGGUCUUAUAAAAAAAUGAUACUCUUAGUUCUUGAAAAUCCUUAAUUUCCUUUUUCAGAUUUGUGUAGGUUGAUGGCUUUUUUAAAUGAUCUUUAAUCGUGUUGUUUACAUGAUUCCAAUUUGAAAUUUUUUAAAACAAUUUUGUGGAUGCUACUUUGUUUGGUAUUUAAUAGGCGUCGAGUAUUACAUUUACCAUGAUUAUUUUAGGACAGUGAAGUUGCUCUCUACCGAGGUGAUGAGAAUCGAGUUACUGAGCACGAAGAAGCUUUUAAAUGUCUUUUGGCACUGAAGGUAAUUAUUUUCUAAACUAUAUUCUUGUGCUUGUACUGGAACAUGCUGGUCUUUAUAAAAUCAUUAUUAAAAAAGGUCCAUAUUCCAGGUUUUGAUUCCCUAUCUAUCUAACAUACAUUAAUUUUUUUAGGUGAAUGAUCCAGUUGAGGUUGUGAAGGUUGAACUUGAACAACACCAGACUAAACCUCCUGCACGAUACUCUGAAGGUUCAUUGGUUAGUGUUUUGUUUAUCACUAAUUAUAGGGGGGGUGCCUAUUUUGGUUGUGAAAGUCCUAUUUUUGUCCAUCUUGAAGGUAAAAAAGCUGGAAGAACUUGGGAUUGGAAGACCUUCUACUUAUGCACCCAUCAUAAAAGUGUUGCAGGUAUGUAGCAUUUUUCUUUUUUAUUUUAUUUUAUUUGGGAUCAAAUUAUAUCCUCCAUUUCGGUCGGUUGUCCAUUUAAUGGAUGCCAAAAUUCUACUGAUAUAUUUAUUCUAUGGUAACUUUUAAUUAUUUAUUGAAUAUUUAGCGGCUUUCCAGUGUGUCAAGCCAUGUUGUGGAGAAAGGAUCAUUCAAAUAUUUAAUAUUAGUUGUUGAUAUCUGAAGAAAUUCGGUGGAUCGAAAAUUUGCGGAAAUGAUUGAGUACCUCUGAAAAUCCUCACUAGCGAGUUUUUUAAUCUUCUCAAUGAUGUGCUUCAGAUUUUUUGUUGUGCGAGGGAAAGGCAAUCACAUGAAACUGAGAAUCACACCAUUGACAUCGAAUUUGUGUGUCUCUAGUAAGGUGAAAUACGAUACGGGCAUCCAAAAGGGAUGUUUGGAUCUAGAGGACUGGUUGCCUUGGCAGGACAUGAUUUGAGGGACAAGUGUAACUCUGUGUGGCUUGGCAGAAGAAUGGCUACUGUUUGGAUUCUCACCCCUAAUGGUAAUGAGAUUUAUGCCUCGGAAUGAUCUUUGGAAAGAGGGGGAUAUCAAAAAUAGGAGGAUGCACAAAAUUAGAACAUGAAAGAGGAGUAGUUGAGGUGCGAAAAUUGGGCUACUGGAGAUCUGGCAGAUAAGAAGCUGAAAUGCAUUCGGAUUAAAUGAAGAUCAUGACUUGGAAUAUUCAAUCGAAGGGUCAGCAGAGGAAGAUUGUGGUAUUGACAGCCUAGAGUGGGGGUUCUUGGUCGAUGAUUAUACUUUGUGUCCUGGAGACUAAAUCUUAACACAUAGGGGAUGGAAGACUCGAUGUGGGUGUUCCUAUAUUGUGUUGUUCCGUAAAAAAUUGUACUCGACUAAUAUAAAUGUUAAGAUGCAACGAUUCCAUAUGAUUGGGGUGGUUGAAGAAUUUUGUGUUUCUUUAGUUUGGGUAGUUAUCGUUUUUGUGUAUUUCCUUUUUUUUUGUUGUGUGUUAAAUGCAAGCUGUGUAUAGCUUUAUAGAACCUCAUCUGGUAUUCUAUGAAAAAACGUUGGUAUGAUUUUGCAUAAAUACACUUCGUUUCUAUAUCAGUGGCAAGGCAUUAAUCAACUUCCGAAAGAUUUGUUCCUGUGAAUAUAGUUUUCUUCCAUUAUUUUUCACGGUAAUUUUGAUAACUUUGUUCUCUUUGGUGUUCAUUCUUAGUUUCACUUAUUAAAGGGGAAGGCGUGAGCUAAUUGUUCACUUCGUUAGACAUUUUGUUAUGAAAUUCAGUCAGUUAUUUACUUUAUAGUACUGAGCAUUAAUAUUUUCUUAUAUUGUAGAAACAUUUUUCUCCUUUGACAUUAAUGUAAGUUUGAAAUCCUAGCCCAUCCUUGUUUUCUAACUAAACUAUUUGUAAAUUAUAUGAAUUUAAAGAGUAUUAUGUCCUGUCUCUCUUGAUAUAUAGUUGCAUAAGCAAAGAAAUAUAGUAGGUUGAUGAAAUACUGAUAACGUUUGAAAAAUAAUUUUAAUCUCCAUAUAUUAUUUGUAUUUUUUAGAUCAUCAUUUGUAUUAUAUCCAUUUGUUAGCCAAAAUCAUGACUUGACAUGUUAUAUGUUUCAUAAUUCAAUGUAGCUAACAAUUAUUUCCAGCAAUUUAACAUAUAUUUUUUUCUGAAAUCUGUAUUUCUUCGGUCUCCCAGGAUAGAAACUAUGUAACGAUGAAAAAUCGAGCUUUACUUCCAGAAUUUCGAGGCCGCAUGGUAUGAGCUUAUAUAACGAACAUUUAACUAUUGGGUUAAUCCAAAGCAACUGUAAAAAUGUUUUAUUAUCAUCUCUAUCCUUUAUCUAAACUUUUUCAUGCUUAAUUCUGAAAUCCAAUUUGUGCCUUUACCCUUGUUAUCCUUCUGCGGUUUUGUUUUAGCAUGGCCUUACAUUGUUGAAUCCUAAAUAUCAUUGGAAAUUUUUUCCAUAGAUCUGGAGAAGAGAUCCUUCUAUCCUUUUCAAAUGCCUUAGCAUAGGCAGAUAAUGUAACUUUCCUUUGGCAAACUAGAUGAUAAUAUCCGAUUUAUCUGGUGGUUUUUUUAUUGCUGUAUAAUUCAUAUGAAGUUUUUAUCCGUCAGCAUUGUUAUAAAAAUUUAAAGAGCUCUUGGGUGAAAGACUGCUGAUAGUUAGGGAAAAUCCUAGUUCCUAAUGAGUUGAGAGCAAUGAAAAUGAACUAGGAGAAAAUGAUGCGCACAAAAUUAUACUGAUUCGCCCGGGGAAGAGAGUUAUAUUAUAUUCACUUUGUGCUAAAGGAUUCGGUUCCAGUAUCCAUCUGAUACAGUUGCAAGGCUCUGCACCAUUGAUGGCUUCCUGAAAAAUACCCUUGUAUUAUACCGCAGGAAUCAGGGAAGACUGGUGACAGAAUAUUGAGAAGACCUUGUGCCAGAAUAUUUAUAUCAUAUAUAUUACUGCUAUUAUUUAUUAUAUUUUUUACCACCUUGUUCACCUUAGUCGCCGUAAAACCCUGUUUUUUUUUUUCGUACUUGAUAUCGGAUCUUACAGAAAAAUCUAUAUACGUAUAUUCAUGAUUCUUAGACUAGGAAACUUAUUGUUCUAUAGAGGUCGCCUGAGGUAUGAAAUGUGUGCCUAGUAAGGCUUAAAAAACUAAAUUACAGAAAGGCUCUUUCGGUAUUCUUUACUUAAUGUUAUAUAGAUUUCCAUGAUUCCUAUAUUCAUUUCCCUAAAUUUUUAUUUUUAUUUUUUAUCGUUUUGUAAGGGCUGAGGCUUAGGAAAUCUUGGUUUAUUUUGCACACAAGUGCCAACACCUGUCUCAAUUGUUGAUAUAUAACGGUGUCGACUUUCCAAUUCAUGGGUUGACUCCUGAGCUCUAAUUUGUUACUCUUUUCAUAAAAUAACUUAUUUUCUGCACGUUUUCCCUUAAUUUUGGACAUUUAUUUAGCUUAGUGAAUCCUGAAUUUAUUUGCCUAGAAGUGAUGCAAAAAAUGCACAAUAGUUGGUAGAAGAUAAUCAGCUUGUAUUGUUCAACAAUAUUUUUUCCUUACAAAAGAAAGAUUUUUUCGUGUUACCCCAAAUAGUUGCAUAUUAUAUUUUAUUUCUAAAGGCAACGGAAACUCAUAAGGAAGGGGGAUACCGUUACCACAUAGUAGCUAAAACUAAAAGAGUUUCCAACAACAAAGGUGAAAAGGCUUUCUUGCACGCGUUACUUGUUAUGUUUUAGUAUCAAGGGACUACUAGAAUCUUCUUAAAAUGCAAGUUGCCAUUCUUACUCUGAAAACCUGAUCAGUCUCAAUUUUCGCAUGUUAAAUAUGUUAACAGUUCUUACUAAAUUCUCAGCGUCUGAUCUCAACUAAGGCUGUCCGGAAGUAUUAAGAAAAAAUAUGAAGUUUGAUAUUUAGAUUGUCAAGUCUUGCAAAUACGCAAUGAAUCUGGCAAGUUCACAAACAACCUCUUAUAUGCCACGUUCAUUUUAUUCAACGUCUAAAGUUUAAAUUAUAAACGAGUAAGGUAGUGAAUAAAGCCUGAAAAUGAAUGAAAUGUCAUUGGAUCCAUUAAAAAGCUCUAAACAUAUUACUUAAGAAAAGCAACCCAAUUUAAGAAAAAAUCGCAUUUGCCUUCAUUGUCGGGGAGUCAUGGCUCGUUUGGUCUUUCUUGUCAUCAAAGAUGAUGAGAUUUACAGUCCUCACAAUGUUAGAAAGCAUGAAAAAUAUCUUAUUUAUCUGACUCUGUUUUGAAACAAAAAUCCCUGAAGGUGAGAGUGUUCCGAGUAAAAUAAAGCCCUUGCGGUUUCAGCUUGUUUCCUUUUACAAUCGAGUUCGAUUGAACAUUAGAAAUAAUUCCGGGCGGUUCCUUAUUUUUUCUUCCACUGCAGAUAAUAUCUGAGUAGGUUUCUUCAAUGGUUUAUUGGUAAUCUUUCAAAUGGUACCUGAUAUCUUUUUGUAACAAUCUAAUUUUUAUGUCUAUGUUUACGAAUUAAUGGUAUCUAUUUGUUGAUAUGCAUUCGUCUAUUGUCUUCAAUUUUAGAUGCAUAUAUAUUAUAGAGAUUGACAGUUCUUCUAUUUGUCUAUUUCGAAGAAAUAGCUCAGCUCAAUUUUCACUACUUGUUUUCUAUAGGUUUCAGCAUUUCUGUCACACCAUUUCUCUGAGGUUGCAGACUACAGCUUCACAGCUGAUAUGGAGAAUGAGGUAACCCAUAUGAUUUUCUAUUUUUUUUAAUUUGUGAUUUUUUUCUUGUUGCAUUUCUUCCUUGAUGGUCACAGAUGCUAAACUAUGAGGAGACUAGAUGAAGGUAAUUUGCCGCUCAGAGGCUGUGCCAAAUAUUUGGGAAUUGUACGAUUUCAGGCUCCAAUUUGUGAUCGAGUUCACUAUGCCAUGAUUUGUUAAGUUUAUCACAUUAGUCAGACUGAAAAACUCAAGAAGGCCUUAAAGCUGACUGCUUUUGGAAAUCUAUUGAUCAUUGUAGUAGUUUGUCUUCAACAGAUCAAGGAUGAUUCAUUUCCAAGAUGUUCCGAUGUCCUUAAAUUACUAAAUUAGGCCAUUGUUCCCUGUUUUUCGUUCCACAUAAUGCUGAAAACCCUCACUACAAGAUCAAAAUGGUAUGAAAAUUUAUAUUGAUCUCAAUGUCACAUCCUGUGCCAACAAAAGCAGAAAGAACUUUCAAACUUUGACCAUGUGGUGCACUUCUCUGAAGCAAGACUGAUUGAACGACAGAACUGAUAUCUUGAGCGUGGACAUCUGUGAUCCAUUUUUUAAUGUCGGUUGCGGUCGAUUUCUUCUUUUGAGAUCUUUUAAGGGGAAUGCCAUUUCUCCUGCUGCUUCUUGAACAUUAAUGGUAGAAGAGGGUCUGAGAUUCCACACAACACCCUGGGUAUCUGCAUGAGCCUUAAGGUAGCCAAGUGGCUGCUUAUGACGUAGGUCUCUGUUAUUAAGGCGGUGUGAGCCUAAAAUGAGGAUAAAUGUUGUGCUAUGAGAUUGGUGAGGAACUGAAUAUCUGCUAUCUACAUUUUUUCUGGCGAUAAAGGUGUGAUUGAAGUUCGGUUAUUGAAUUAGGUUUUCAGAAUUAUCAGUUGAAGAUUAGCAGCUGAACAAGUGUCAAGUUUAUUUCACAAUCUUAACAUAGAUAUUACUGAGCCAUCUUAUAGUUCUAUCCCUAGCUUAUAAUCAUUUAGAAUUUGUACACAUCUUCACAAAGAUGUCAACAUCAUUGAUGAUUUUUUCUUUCUUUAGUCCUCGUGUUAUGAUUUCUUAAUCUACUCCAUUUUUGGAUUCAUCUCUUACAUCCUUUGUUGGAUACAUGGUUAACCAAUUUAACAGCUUGACAAUGUUUCGGCUGGCAUAACUGACUGGAAGGGACUUCUGAGAGAUUAUUGGUCUCGAUUUAGCAGGUUCUGCCAACUUGCUAGUAAUGUUAAUAUUCGGCAGGUAUUGGUUUCCUCUGACAUAUUUGCCUGAAUAUUCUUAGAAUGUCAGUACGGUCUUUACUUUUUGUGGCUAUGAGAAACUUCAGUCCAUAAAGAUGUCAUAGAUGUAGCCUUGUUUACUUUUAAUGCUGUUGGAGUUGUACCGUUAUGUCUCUUCUUACGCUUGAACCAAAUUUCUACCAGAAACUAGCUUUAAACUGUUUUUGACAUGGAGGGUGGCAUUAGCCACCAGUUUUUAUGUUAAAUGAUGGGUGUGACAAAAUCGAUGCAUGAAAAAACGAUAUGCCUUGAACACCCACGUCAAAAUUAUCAUUAACCGUAAUCCAUCAAUCAUUGGUUUGGUUUAUCCAAUCAUUGAUCUAAAGAUAUGGUGAAUUCUGGCCACAGCUGUUUGCAGGACAUCAACCCCCUUACGGGUAAUGAGAAGUACUUGAAGAAAACAUCUAAUUAGUAUCCAUGCAAGGUCACACAUGGCUAGUUGAUAUGCAGAAAACUACAUUGCAUAGUAGUGGCGAGCAAUCCUCAAAAGACUAUCUAGACUAACGAAAAAAUGAAAAUUUGAUUCAGGAAUAUAAUGUCCUUCUCUUGAGCAACUGGAAGCGAGAACAAAUUAGUACCAAAUCAUUUUUGCACACUUCUAACACUGGAUAUAUCAUAAGCGCACCAUUAGAGAUCAAAUGUGAUCAUGAAUGACGCACUGUUGCCAGGAUGCAGACUACUUACUAGAGCAACUUGUACUUUUGGUUAUCAUUCGUUGUAAUACAACAAUAACAGUUUGGAAGAUUCACAUGGCUUUAUAGUUGGAUCAAACUCAUUGUUAUGGCAUGGUGGGCAAAGGAGAAUUCCAUGAAAUUAAUUAUGUUCAAUGCAAAGCUGCAUGGUUGAUAUUAUAUAUAUAUAUAUAGAUAGAUAGCUAUAUUAAUUUCAGGCUUCUGUGGUAUUCGGCAAAGGUUUGGCAAGUAACUGAGGCGUCUAGGGAUUGUGUUUUGGCAGAUUGAAAUGUAGUCUGCAUUUGGGUAGGUUUUUUUGCGGGGAUGGGGGUGGCGCAGGCAGGAAGCUCCUGUUUUUGGGUUCUUUAAAAUUUUCUUUGGUAUUUUUGUAGACAUAUCCUUUUGCGUGGUGAACUGCCUUUUGUACACUUUUUUGUGAUUGUGGUGACUUCCUGCACCCCUUCUUUCUUUGUCAUUAAUUCAAUGCGAUAUGAUUCUAUUCAUUCUUUUUCAUAGGUUGAGAAGAUGUUGGAGGAAACACUUGGACAUAUCUUGUUUGCUUCACUUCCAGAUAAAGGUCGAGCGUGUCCCAGGUACUUUUUUCGUUUAUUGCUGUAUACCUUCUCAUAGUUAUGAAGCAGAUUUUUUUGUUGAUAGUCUUUAUUUGUAAGAGAUGCUGUUUUCAUCACCAGAGAAGAGUUCUUGUUUGAUGCUCGUAAGAAAUAAAUUUGGAUGGAUUUUUUGCCUAAUCGGAAGCAUGGUUAACUCCUUCAAAGCAGCUGAAAUGUUGACUCCAAGAUCUGAGUUCUGCAGUAAUGGUUUUCAUUAACUGUCUCGAGGUUCUUUAUUUUUAUAUUACAAUGUAUCUCGUACUAUUGUAGUUUUGAUUUAUGCCCACCAUGUGGAGCACAUGCAGAUGCGAAGCCGCUAUCAAAUCUUUACAGUGUUUAUCUAAGAGUUACACUCAUUCCUACUGUUGUCCCCGCCCCCCCCACCCCCCACUGGGAAGUAACAUCUUUUGUCCCCAGAAAAUUUCAUCUCCUCCCUGAUUUCCUCCUUUUUGACGACAUUUCUAACCAGAUUCCACUUCAGUGACGAAGAGCAAAGCAUAUUUACCUUCAAAUCUUAUUUUACUAGAUCCUGCAGAAGAAAAUUUCUAAUAUACUUUUUUGAGCUUCAGCUCAUCGGAUCAGUAUCGAAUUGGUUAGGUUAAUCAUUGUUGUGGAAAAAUGCCAUCUCAAAAUUUAAAAAAAGGUAGGAAUGAAGAUUUGUGUUUGUAAAAACUGCGUUAUGGACAUAUUCAAUAGAGCAUGGCAUAACUGCCAGAUCUUUGCAUUUUCCCAUAGACCCUGCAUCUAGGCAGCUUCCCACGAUGGACACCUUCAGCAGAGGGUGGCGUCAGAAGGUGCUUGCUGAUGUCAGAGGUGAGUCUUUCCUCCCAUUUCUCUGUUGCAGCGACUAUCCAUCCUUACUUCUUUCUGGUCUGCUGGUGUAGUCAUUCCCUAGCAUUCAAGAGGGAAAAAAGUUUUUAAAAAAAUCCGGUUUAGAGGUAGAAGCAGCUGCUUCUUCCGUUUCUGCUGUCAGUAAUGGAGAGGGCUUCUCUAUUCUUCUUUCUCUUCCUCUUCUUCCACUUCUUUUACCACGUUCUAUGCUUGAAAUGAUGGUGGGUGACAAAAAAAGGGUGCAAGAAAGAGUUGGCCUGGGUAAACCUGAAAAUAAUGAGUAUCAGAUCCUUAAAAGUUUAUCUGAAGUGAUAAGAAUACGGCAUUUUCCCCAUGAAUCGUAUGAAAAUGUUGAAAAGGAACCUAGUUUGUUCAAUUUCAAAUGUAACUAGAUUCUAUGAAAAUUAUUAAUGACUUUUAGCAUUGAAGACGCUUAGCAUUGGAAAAUGGAUGAAUUCUCGCACCUAGAUGGUUCAUCCAUCUGCAUUAUAAAUUGUAUGACUUCAGCAAAGUAGAUUUGCUUUUAUAUACAAAAGGAUUAAUGAAAAAGUAAAUAUUUAAAUUAUGAGAAAUGUUUACCAGGGUUUCUUAUCCAAUUUAUUCGUUUCUUCAUCCCUCUGGUACUUUUAGCACCCCUUUUACAGGAAGUCACAGAACAUGGCGUGUCUGUGGCUGGUUGUGGUUACUGUUCUGUACUGCAGUUGAGGGUCAUUGGACUGCUCUUUCGAAUGGCAGUAUUUCCUCCUUUUGAGUAUGUCUAGGUUAGUCGUGAUUAGCUUUUGUGAAUGUUUUUCAGCGUUCCUGGAGAGACUCUCCUGGCAUGAUAUGUAAUCUGUAAUUAGAGUUACAUCACGCCGGGGCCUCUAUGACGAACAGUCACUCUUGACCGAGAUUUUAUAAUAGAUUCUUUUAGUUUGAUGCCCUGUUGACUGCUCAUGUCAUAGAAGGUUAUGGCAUUUGCUUUGCUGGAUAUAUUUCAAACAGUUCUCUAAUGGAAUCGUCUCUCUCAAAUCUCAAUCAUCUUUGUAACAAUAGCCCUCCCUAUUAACUCGAAAAAAUAAUAUUUAAAUCUUGAAAUAGCUAUGCUACGUGAUACGUAUGGAUUUCGGUGCUGGGAAUCACCUGUCAUGAAGCCUCUUUUUUUCCUUUUGGUUGAUUUUUCUAGUAUUGGUAACUAGAUGUCCCCGACACACAAGGUGUUCAGAACCACACUGAGCAGCCUUUUACGUUGCUGGUGUGGGCUUUUUUGGGCCCACUCUGUGGCCCCUGGAUGAUAUUUGAUCUAACAUAUUCACCUUCUUGUGUUCCCACUCAUCCCAUCAAUUAAUGUUUGGAUUUGGGUACCCUGGGGGGCAAUCAAUCUUUGUUGUUGUAACUGUGAGUGAUGUAUAAUACUGUUGCAUUCGAAGUAGACUUAUUUUCAUAUGCAGUGUGGGGCAUCCCUUUGCUCAUUUCUCAUUAUUCUGGAGUACAAAAAAAUCACAAAGGCACCUGGAGGAACUCACAUGCCAAUUGGUUUAAUAUAUCUUAUGAUUCUAUUUGGGCACAAAAUGCCAUGACAAAGAAAUGCAAAUAAGAUCCUUCAUAUUCCAUCUUCGUUUGAUGAUUUCUAGAAGAAGAUAUUUCGAAAUUCAUCCUUAAUGCAUCUUAAGUUUGUGUACUCUGCUUUCUGCAGUCUUGUCUAGUAUCUGAUCAACAGUCUGGUCAAACGAAGGUCAGAAAGAUCCUACUGUUUUUCUUUUUAACUGAUUUUCAAUAUGAAUACAGCUGUUCAGAUGGGACGUUAGUUCUUAAAGUCAGUAGAUUUGGUGCCGGCUAUUUCAUUGGCUGUAAUCAACACCCAAGAUGCAAGUAAGUGCUGAGUUAUUUUCUUCAACCCUUCAGUGUAAUUUUGUGCCUGUGAUUCAUAUUCUCUGCUUAUUGCAUGGUCUUCCCAGGCGAAAUAUCUCCAUCAUCCACGAGUGUAUUUUCAUAAAAUUUAGAAAUGGGGGUGAUUGAGUGAUGAGGCCUUACUUUGACGUCGGUGGAUGAAACAAAGAGGGGUUGGCUCGAUGUUGGGCUUAUGUUGGUACUAGUUUCAGAAUCAAAACUAGAGUGAGGGAAUAUGGAAAAUUUGUCUUGCAGCAUCUCAUAAAAUCUCCUGCUUGUUGGGACCUUGGAGUGGUGAAAGUUUCCUACACUGACAGAGUAUCAUUACCUACGUACAAGUGAGUAGUGAAAGGACACGAAGUUCUUCUAUGUUAAAGGUCUGCCAGUUUCUGUAUGACCAAGUCUUAACUUCUAAGUCCUGGAUUAGCUUUUUUGCUUUCACCUAACUGUUUCAUCUUCUAUGUCCCUCUGUUAACGGAUCAUCUAUUUCUGUCAAUCAUCAGUUAACAAUUUACUUGCAGGUACAUUGCAGGGACAGUGUUCAGUGAAGACGAAGAGGUAGUUCCAUCUGAAAAGCCAGAGAUGUGCUUUCAGCCGAAAUUGUUAGGCCUCAGUCCUAGCUCAAACGAGAAGGUUAUUUACGCAACUCUAAGAUUGAUUAUUAUCCGAGUCCUUGGUUUACUUUCGUCGGCUUAAGUAUAUCCUGUGUAUGCUUUUCUCCUUCAGAUUUUCUUGAAGAAUGGUCCCUAUGGAUUUUAUGUCCAACUAGGGGAGGACAGAAAAGGUUGUCCACCAAAAAGGGCUUCUAUUGAGGUCAGUGUGAAUAAAAUUGUCCACCAGAUGAUUUAUAAAUGAUUUGCAUUUGCAUAUGUUAGGGCACAAUUUGAUUGGAAAGUUUUUUAUAUUUUCACUUUGUCUCUUUUUAUAUUAUUUCGUGAUGCGCCAUGUCUUUCGUUUUUAGAUCAUUUUCUUUGAGGGAAAUGAGAAAUAUUUUAGAAUCGGUUGCUAAUUAUGACCUGAUCUGGGAUGAAUGGAAAUUUUAUUGGUAAGACCGAUUCAAUUCUGGCCAAUAUAUGAUCGUAUUACGACUAAUUCUCACAACGUCAGGAGAAACUUUCACAUUUACGACUAGUACAUUAUUGAUUCUUUUUGUUUUCUGUUCUUUAGCCACGAGUUUUACUAGAAAUAGAAUAAUUGUUUUCUAAUGUUUAGUAGGAAAGAAAGAAUUCGCUUAUUUUUUCUGAUGUUUCUUACGCCAUUAAUAAUAUUUUUUUACAUUUAAAACUACAAUAGCAAUCAUAGCCCAUUAGAUCCUACCCGUCUCACCUUACCUUUUUUAACACUAAAAACAAGUAUCUUAACUUCACAAAAUAAAACAGGAUCAUGACUACUUAUGGAUUCUGUGUUGCAGAGGCAUCGAGGGCUUCACCUCCCUCAAUUUGUGAGUAAAUAUGAAGACUAAGUUGAAUUUUAAUUGAAUUUCAAUCACCUGCACCAGUCCCACUAGCCCCAGGUUUAGUGAUUGAGUGCGGUGCUUGGAUCUUACGAUGACAUCACUGUUUGAAAUGACGGAUUCUUCACAAUAACAAGAAAUGGCCCACAAGCUUCGGUCUUCGGUCUUCGGUCUUCUCUUGACAGUGGUUCACAGGAUUCCCACCUCUUGAGCCUCUGUUGUUGUGUCAUCCAUUAAUUUCUAAAAACCCCCUUAAGAUGGAAAUUCAUUUUGGUUACUAGCAUUCAAAAUGCUGGUAACCAAGAUGGAAAUUCUUCGGUUGAAGCCUACUUGGCAUGAUUUCCAUCAUGCAUAUGGUUUGUGCGUCAACAUUUAUAAUUAUCCUGACCCCUCAGGGGCCCCGGGUUGUUGAUUUUCUGAGCAACAAACCAUGUUAAACGGAGCUUCACAAUCUUGUUCCUUAUAGAGUAGCAGAUUUGUAAUAUCUAGAAGUGAACCUGCCAUACAUUUUUUUUUUCUCUUCCACUUAGAGGAGGAAGCUACGAUGAUUUUAUAAAUUACCAGGAGAUACUUUAAUAGCCUGCUUUAUGGAACUCGUUAGCAUCAUAUGAUUGACAGACCCUGUUCUUUUUUAAGCCUUUAUCUAUACAAACUGGUUAGUUCUUUUCUUCAAGAAAAACUUCUCCUCCCAGAAACUCUGCUCUGAUGUAACCGUAAUGCUUAUUAAUCUGAAGGAUUCUAUCACCAAAAAAUUGUCCUUAUUUUUGGGUGUUGAUUUUUUUCAGGCCAAGGAUGUCGAGUCAAUGACUGUACAGGAUGCUAUGGAGUUGCUGCAGUAUCCGUUGACACUGGUAUGGCUGUCCUUAUCACAAUAUGCCAUUUCCCAGCUCCCUUCUAAUCAAUCAAAUGCUUCUGAGUCUCAUAAACUCCACAAUAUCCACUGCAGGGUGAGCAUCCAGACGACAAGCAGCCCGUCGUGUUGAAGCACUCAAAGGUUGGAUUUUCUAUCAGACAUCGGAGAACCAUUGCUCCAGUUCCCAAGGUGGGUGCUUCUCUCUCUUCAUAUAUUGGCUGAUAAUCUAGUCUGAAUAUUAUAUAUUCUAGGAAUAUCUAGUCAUACCCUCCCUUCUUGCUCUUUUCGAAUAAAUGCAUUCUAUUACCUAUCUUUUUGAGAUGAGAAGAAACUUUUGAGUUCAUACCCUCCUUUUUUUUUUUGUUCUUAAAUCAAACAAGGUACAGUUCAUUUUUGUUCCUCCUACCCACUCUUGGGAAAUAAAAAAGAGAUUUUUAUUUACCCUCCGUUUUUUGUUCUUAAAUCAAUGCAUGGUACCACCAUAUUUUGGAAAAUUAUAAAUCGAUUUUUAGUUAGACAGUUUCUUUUUUUUUCCUUUAAUCGGUGCAUGUUACUAGGCACGUUUGGGGGAUCAGAACCAGGUUUUUCCAGUCAUACUGACGCUUUUUUUUUUUUUUUUUUGUUCUUAAAUGAAUGCGUUGUGCUUGUUACCCCUCUUUCGGGAAAUAAAAAGAAUAGAUUUACUAAUUCAGACUCUAAGAUCUCCCCUGUUUCUGACUGAUUAAUAUAUUUUAUCAGAACAUAGACCCUAAGAAGAUCACCCUCGAAGCCGGCCUGAAGCUCUUGCUGAGCAAGAACGCAAAGCAAUGUGGUCGGCCGAAGAACAAGCCAAAAGCUCAAGAAGCUUAG